GAGAGAAGGAGCUAGUCGCACAGGAAAGAGCGUUCCGAAACCUCCGCGAAGGUUGAUGAGAGAAAACCCAGUAACUACUUCUACCUGGUCGUACUACUUAAUUUCGUCGAAUCUGCUUAGCUAUCAACCUUGUUGCGUCUGUUGUCAAGCAACUUCACACAAACUUCAUAUGUAUUUCGUUUUGAACAUUUUCAUUGCGCAGGGCGCUGGCACGGUCAUUGAUGCUGGAGCAGUACUACUUAAUUCGUUCGCGCGAAAAAGAAAUAAGAUUUUUUUUCAAUUUUUCGACUCGCAACUAUUGAAUUAUCGCCAUAAAUUUUAGGCACGGAAAUUCGUGCGUUUCUUUUUGUUCCUACUGUACCAUUUCAUCUGUUUCUUGAGAAUACAAAACCCGUUCAAGAUGCCGGCUUCACCGCAGGUGACGAAGAUGAGCCAGAAGUAUGCUCACGACAUGAACGCGAUGACCCUGUUCGAAGUCAAAGAUCCGCUUGGCUUCGAUGAAAUCCGUACUAUGUUCUAGUUUUGCAAUUUCUGCGCAUUAUUUUACCCGUUUUUUCGUGUUUCGCUUCCGAUAAAAUACAUGCAGCUUUGGUUACGACUAGCACCAGGCAGCUGUAGUAGAAGACGCAGAUGAAGUUGAUGAUGAUGUAAGUCUAAGUAACUAUCUGUGUGUACUUAAACAAACUGUAUCGAUCUAUCAAACACAGAAAUCUCCGAAUACGCUGCGUCCUUCCGGCUGAGCGACGUGGUCGGAGACGGUAUGAUCACCUACAGUGAGCUACCCCGGGUGCUCGCGCGGGUUGGCGAGUUCCCUUCGGAGCAGACGCUGGAAAAGAUCAUGAACAACGAUAUUGACCCGGAGGGCGAGGGGCUGUACGACUUUCAAACGUUCCUCAAGUUGAUGAAGCACUUCCAUCACGAGCCGGCCACGGCGCAAGUCUUGCUGGAAGCCUUCAAACUAUUCGACCAGGAUCAGAGCGGUAAGUAUGAAUUCCACUCGAUUAACUAUCUUUUCUUGUUCGAGAUGAGUGCGAAGCUCGAGAAUUCUAUGCUGUGUCAUGUGAGCUAGAGCUUCAUGUUCCUGUUGUGCUUGAUUGUGCAGGUUGUAGAAGCACGACGUGGUCAUGCCAGAAGCAUUCAUCGUACAUGGCAUCUGAUGAAACAUCAAGAAGAAGAACCACAAAGAAAGUCAAAUGGCAAAUUACUCACAUCAACGUCAACAGGUACGGUCGAGGCAGGUGAGCUGAAGCACUGCUUGUCGGCACUCGGGGACAAAAUGAGUGACGCAGAGGCAGAGGAAAUGAUUGCCAUGGCGGAUAAGAACGAUAACGGACACAUCUCGUACGACGAGUUCUUGGACUUCAUCGGCACGAUGUACUAG